AAAGAAAAAGAAAGAAAAGAAAAUUUAACCCACACAUUGCAUCUUCAUAAAAACCCUUAAUAAUACAAUUCACCUAUGUUUGCUAUUUUAAUUUUUCUAUUUUCUUUUACAUUUUAUAUCCUUGGUAAUAUUGCUUAUUGCUAGCUAGAUAGCUAUUGGCGAGGGUAUCGAACUAGCUAGUCCUAUGCAAGGUGACUCAAGCAGUGUGCUAGCAAAUUCAGCUGCAGAUGUCGCCCCCACCGCGACUAGGGUCCUUCUCCAUGAAGGUGGCGAUGAAGUUGGCGGCCGCGGUGGUGAUGCUUCUGGUGGUGGUGGUGGCGGUGGCGGUUUGUCAAACUCAGGUGAAGAUAGAGUUCUUGUCGAUGAAGCUGACCGAAUGAGUUAUGGUGCAAACCGGUGGCCUAGACAAGAAACUUUGGCCUUGUUAAAGAUAAGGUCUGAUAUGGAUGCAGUGUUUCGUGACUCGAGUCUUAAAGGUCCAUUAUGGGAAGAGGUUUCCAGGAAACUAGCUGAGCUUGGUUUUCAUCGAAGUGCCAAGAAAUGCAAGGAGAAGUUUGAGAAUGUGUACAAAUACCACAAGCGAACCAAAGAUGGCCGAACUGGUAAAUCCGAAGGCAAGACUUAUCGGUUUUUUGAUCAGUUAGAAGCCUUUGAAAGUCAUCAUCAAUCACAACCAGCACUGCCACCGACACAGCCAUCACCACCAUCAAAACCUCAACCGGUGACAACGGCAGCUACUACUACCACCACCACAUUGCCUUGGUCUAAUCCUCCUGUUGUUACUCAUGCUACUGUUCCAUCAACAGCAAACCAUCCUGUGAAUAUUACUUCUCAAAACAAUAUUGUUAUCACCCCAAUAGUGGAUCCUAUAAUUAAUCCUAUGCCAUUGUCAUCUUCACAGCCUUUGAAUCCUUGUCAGAAUAUGUUCCCAACUUCUUUUCAGAACCUUACUUCUCAUCUAUUUUCGAGUUCUACUUCAUCUUCAACAGCCUCGGAUGAAGAAUUGCAAGGAAGUACUCGAAAGAGGAAGAGAAGAUGGAAGGACUUCUUUGAGAGGCUAACAAAAGAUGUUAUCAAGAAACAAGAAGAGUUGCAAAGGAAGUUCUUGGAAACAGUAGAGAAACGCGAGCACGAAAGAAUAGCACGCGAAGAAACUUGGCGAAUGCAAGAAAUGGCAAGAAUCAAUAGAGAACAUGAGAUCUUGAUCCAAGAACGAACCACUGCAGCAGCAAAAGAUGCUUCAGUUAUUGCAUUCUUGCAAAAGAUAUCAGGUCAGCAAAACUCAAUUCAAAUUCCAGACAUUUCACCACCACCACCACCACCACCAGCCCCCGCACCCGCACCCGCGCCAGCAUUAGUAAUGACAUCACCGCCAGCACUACAACCACCAGUAUUGGCACCAGUACCCGUACCGGUACCGGUGUCACAGCCUAGGCCUCCACCGGCACCUUCAGUACCGAUAACGAAGUUGGAUAUUCCAGGAAAGGAUAAUGGACAGAGUAAUAGCAAUGCUGCUAUAGUUUUAAGCCCUUCAAGAUGGCCAAAAGUUGAAGUCGAAGCUCUUAUUAGACUAAGAACCAGCCUUGAUUCGAAGUAUCUACAAAAUGGACCUAAAGGACCUUUGUGGGAGGAGAUCUCAGCAGGGAUGCAAAGGCUCGGAUAUAGUCGAAGCGCGAAAAGAUGCAAAGAAAAAUGGGAAAAUAUAAACAAGUACUUCAAGAAAGUCAAAGAAAGCAACAAGAAAAGGUCUGAAGAUUCAAAAACAUGUCCAUAUUUCCAUCAACUCGAUGCUAUACGGAAGGAGAGAGUCAAGGGUAUUAAUGACAAUAAUCCAGUUACGACAAUGGAGCCCUUAAUGGUACGGCCAGAACAGCAAUGGCCUCCUCAACAAGGAAACCUGCAGCAGCAUGUGCAAGUCAAUGGAAGGGAAAUUAUGGAUCAUCAUAAUAUUGGAGAAGACGAAGAAGAAGAAGGCGACGACGGUGAAGACGACGACGACGACGACGACGGUGAUACUGAAGAAGAAGAUGAAGGCGGUGGAGGUUUCCAAGUAGUAGCAAGUAAACCACCAGCUUCCCUGGGCAACGAUGACAAAACGCCUGGGAGUGCCGCAUUGAUCAACGAUGCACGCUGAUGAAGUUGUCCGAUGAGAGAAAUACAGGUCUUCUGCUUAAUUGCCAUGAAUGACAGUUGUGCCUCUUCUUUAAUUUAUGCCCAUACACAUGGGUUCCAGACUAUAGUGGGAUCAGCAAUUUCAUUUUAUUUUUUUUAAAAUUCUUUUCCUUUUCUUUUCUUUGAUUUCUUUCUCUUCUUCUUCUUUUGCAAAAAAAAUAAAUAAAUAUAUAUAUAUAUAUAUAUAUUAUUUGUUAAUUAAUUUGUUACAUAAAGAAAACUGCAUAGAGAAAGACUGCACAAAAUAAACAAAUAGAAGGGAUGUUUUGUAUUUUAGUCUGUGUCCAUUGGAAGUAAAAUAAAGAACGCAGUGCUGUUUCUUU